AUGACGGAUGAUCGAAGCCUGAACAUUUCGAACCAAGAGGAUAGUAUUGCUGGAGAAGACUCAUCGUCAUCACGACAUCAUGCUGGCAAGCAUGCACCACCAGAAAGUACCAUCCAACAAGCAGAUUCGCAAAGACACCACCAGGCAGGAGAAUCGACUGCAUCUGCUGAUCAAGAGAAUAAGCCUGCUGUUCAAUCAUCAAUGGAAUCCGACAAGGAUAUCAAGGCCCGGGAGAAGAAUUUGAAGCUUGCCGAAGCUGUCGCUCCACCUCCUCCUUCCAUAAGCAAUUCUUCCCUGACAACGACAUCGAGCAGCAAUAAUACUCGUGAACUGAAAUCAUCAUCUAUCCAAUCCAGUGAUGGUCGACUUUCCAAUAUUCAUUCUGAUGCCAAGAGCAAACGAAAUAAGGCCGCAGUUGUUGUUGGUGGUGGUGGAAAAAUAACCUCGUCGUCCAGAAACACUACUCAGUCAUCCCAAGAAGACCGAUCUCCCUUGCGAUAUUCCACCGAUCAUCAUGCUGCCAAACAUGCCAAGGCUCGACAAAGCCAACAGCAACAACAACAACCUAGUACUUCUGGACCGGGUGCCAUUCGAGUGGCGACCGCUACCAAUUCGUCACUGGACACGACCGACUACGACUACGACGAUGUAGACGAAGAAGCGAAACAUAAUGAUAUCGAGGCCAUUGCUCUUACGGCUGAGGCGGUCGAUGAUGAUGAGGAGGAGGAGAAUCGCAUUCGCCAGUUGCGAGAAAGUAACGAGGCCUUGCGGAAACAAGUCGAAUUGGCAUUGCAAGGCGAACAAAGGGCCUUGGAAGAAAUGCAAACCAUGGCACAAGCACCGCCUGCCAGUGUUUCUCCAAUGGUCAUCAUGGGGGAUCAUGUCGCUGCCACUGCGGUAAUAGCGGAAGGCCCACCACCACCACCACCCGAAUCAUCGUCUCGGUUUCCGUCCACGACAGCUGACCAGUCGCAAAAGUGCUGUUGGAAUAUCUGCAAAGGAACCGUAUUCAUGACAGGGUGUUGUUGCAUCUUUUGCCUUGUACUUGCGGUGGUGGUAAUAUUCGCGGCUGGUCUGGACGAGCUUAUUGCCGAUUCUAUGAAUGGUGCUGGAGAUGGAAUUGAGGUAGCGACUAGGCGAAGCAACCUGAAAGUACUUUUGCAGCCGAUGGAACCCUUACAUGAAGAAGCCUUUAAUUGGUUGGUAGAAACUGACCAAUGGCAACCUCCCGAUCAAAUCAACAAUGCGACAGAGGCACCAUCCGAUCAGGGCGGUACCAUUGAUGAUAUUGGUACCUUCGUAGGUCGUAUCACUAAUGCCAGCAAGGGGUCUACUGUCGGUACAGGUGAGAGGAAAUGGAUGUUGGUCGAACGGUAUUACCUUGCUGUACUCUACUUUUCGACCAACGGAGAUAACUGGAUACAAAACUUUGGAUGGCUAUCCGAGACUAGUUCGCACUGUGCAGAAGGGGCCAAAAAGUGGUUUGGAAUCGAAUGCGAGAAUGAUUCUGUCGUUUCGAUCGAAUUAGAGGCAAACAAUCUUGAUGGUAGUUUUCCACGAGGAAUUCGGGUAUUAUCGAAUUUACGCUCCAUUUGGAUAACGGGCGAUGGAUCUGAUAGCAAGCUGAUUGGUACCGUACCAACUAUGCCUCAAAAUCUCACGCAGCUUUGGCUGUGGAAUAUGAGACUGACUGGAAGUUUGCCAGAUCAAUUAUAUGAGCUCUCUGGAUUGACGAGUCUUCGAUUGUACGAAAAUGAACUUAGCGGUGCUAUCCCUAACAAGAUCUUUCAGUUGUCUGAUCUACGGACCCUGGAGUUAGUUGGGAACCAAUUUACUGGGGCUGUUCCUGUGCUUCCAAAUGUCACGUCGUGUGAUCUUUCGAGCAACAAAUUUUCCGACACUGCCAAUGGUGCUGCUCAAGGAUGUCUUGUUUUUGACCAGAACCCGUGA